UGUGUGCCUAUGUGUGUCUCUCUCUGUGUGUCUAUGUGUGUGUGUCUCUCUCUGUGUGUCAUCUCUCUUUGUGUGUCUAUGUGUCUUUCUCUGUGUGUCUUUGUGUCAUCUCUCUGCUUAUGUGUCUGUCUAUGUGUCUCCGUGUCUUUCUCUCAAAUUGAGCAAUCUUUGGAAGAACGUUAUCAACCAGGCCACGCCCGCUUGAGUUGCUGUACUGCUCUUGUUUUCAGAAGCGACCUGCCCACAACAACAAUAACAACAAGCUUCCUCUGCAGAAUUGGUCUGAUGGAGCAAAGGCACUCGGCGCAGCUCGGUGCGACAAGGCAACAAUGCGACCAGUGUUCAUACAGCACGAAUUGUCCUGAACAUUUGACACAGCACCAGAGAACUCGCCUGGGAGAGAAACCCUUCAAGUGCAGUGUGUGUGGGAAGGCGUUUUCAGAUUCAUCUACUCUUGUAAGACACCAGAGAACACACACGGGAGAGAAACCCUUCAAGUGCAGUGUAUGUGGGAAGGCGUUUGCACUUUCAUCUACUCUUGCAACACACCAGAGAACACACACGGGAGAAAAACCCUUCAAGUGCAGUGUGUGUGGGAAGGCGUUUGCAAAGUCAUCUACUCUUGUAAAACACCAGAGAACACACACGGGAGAGAAACCCUUCAAGUGCAGUGUGUGUGGGAAGGCGUUUGCACAAUUAUAUACUCUUGUAACACACCAGAGAACACACUCGGGAGAGAAACCGUUCAAGUGCAGUGUGUGUGGGAAGGCGUUUGCAAUGUCAUCUGCUCUUGUAGCACACCAGAGAACACACACGGGAGAGAAACCCUUCAAGUGCAGUGUGUGUGGGAAGGCGUUUGCACUUUCAUCUACUCUUGCAACACACAAGAGAACACACACGGGAGAAAAACCCUUCAAAUGCAGUGUGUGUGGGAAGGCAUUUUCACAGUUAUCUGCUCUUGUAGCACACCAGAGAACACACUCGGGAGAGAAACCCUUCAAGUGCAGUGUGUGUGGGAAGGCGUUUGCAAUGUCAUCUGCUCUUGUAGCACACCAGAGAACACACACGGGAGAGAAACCCUUCAAGUGCAGUGUGUGUGGGAAGGCGUUUGCAAAGUCAUCUGCUCUUGUACCACACCAGAGAACACACACGGGAGAGAAACCCUGCAAGUGCAGUGUGUGUGGGAAGGCGUUUUCAGAUUCAUCUACUCUUGUAGCACACCAGAGAACACACACGGGAGAGAAACCCUUCAAGUGCAGUGUAUGUGGGAAGGCGUUUGCUAAGUCAUCUGCUCUUGUAGCACACCAGAGAACACACACGGGAGAGAACCCCUUCAAGUGCAGUGUGUGUGGGAAGGCGUUUGCAAAGUCAUCUACUCUUGUAGAACACCAGAGAACACACACGGGAGAGAAACCCUGCAAGUGCAGUGUGUGUGGGAAGGCGUUUUCAGAUUCAUCUACUCUUGUAAAACACCAGAGAACACACACGGGAGAGAAACCCUUCAAGUGCAGUGUAUGUGGGAAGGCGUUUGCACUUUCAUCUACUCUUGCAACACACCAGAGAACACACACGGGAGAAAAACCCUUCAAGUGCAGUGUGUGUGGGAAGGCGUUUGCACAGUCAUUUGUUCUUGUAGAACACCAGAGAACACACACGGGAGAGAAACCCUUCAAGUGCAGUGUGUGUGGGAAGGCGUUUACAAAGUCAUCUACUCUUGUAAAACACCAGAGAACACACACGGGAGAAAAACCCUUCAAGUGCCGUGUGUGUGAGCAGGCGUUUGCACAAUUAUAUACUCUUGUAACACACCAGAGAACACACACGGGAGAAAAACCCUUCAAGUGCAGUGUGUGUGGGAAGGCGUUUUCAGAUUCAUCUCAUCGUUUAAAACACCAGAGAACACACACGGGAGAGAAACCCUUCAAGUGCAGUGUGUGUGGGAAGGCGUUUGCACUUUCAUCUACUCUUGCAACACACAAGAGAACACACACGGGAGAAAACCCCUUCAAAUGCAGUGUGUGUGGGAAGGCAUUUGCACAGUCAUCUGCUCUUGUAGCACACCAGAGAACACACUCGGGAGAGAAACCCUUCAAGUGCAGUGUGUGUGGGAAGGCGUUUGUAAUGUCAUCUGCUCUUGUAGCACACCAGAGAACACACACGGGAGAGAAACCCUUCAGGUGCACUCCGUGCAGGAAGGCCACGAAUUCUACUGCAAAUUUGACACGGCACCAGAGAACUCACACAGGAGAGAAACCUUUUAAGUGCAGUGUGUGUGGGAAGGCGUUUACACAAUCAUCUUAUCUUGUAAUACACCAGAGAACACACACGGGAGAGAAACCCUACAAGUGCAGUGUGUGUGGGAAGGCGUUUGCACAGUCAUCUUCUCUUGUAGGCCACCAGAGAACACACACGGGAGAGAAAACCUUCAAGUGCAGUGUGUGUGGGCAGGCGUUUGCACAGUCAUCUGGUCUUGUAGAACACCAGAGAACACACACGGGAGAGAAACGCUUCAAGUGCAGCGUGUGUGGGAAGGCAUUUUUAUAUCAAUCUGUUCUUAUAACACACCAGAGAACACACACGGGAGAGAAACCCUUCAAGUGCAGUGUGUGUGGGAAGGCGUUUGGACAGUCACCACAUCUUCAAAGACACCUGAGGACACACACGGGAGAUAAACCCUUCAAGUGCAGUGUGUGUGGGAAGGCGUUUUCAGAUCCAUAUGGUCUUGUAACACACAAGAGAACACACACGGGAGAGAAACCCUUCAGGUGCAGUGUGUGUGGGAAGGCGUUUACAUGUUCAUCAAAUCUUUAUGUACACCAGAGAAAACACAAGCAUCAGAAGAUCCACCAGGAGCAGAGUCUGAAAUCAACUUGUGAAAGUCAAAGUUCCGCAAUGAGCCCAUCCCUCAUGAAACAAGAACCGGAAGAAAAUCCCAGCUUGGACACUUUUAUAGGUAAUGAGGUGAAAUAUGAAGAGGUGAAAUGUGAAGAAGUGAUGAUGAAGAGCGAAGAAGUGAAGGUAAAAUAUGAAGAUGAAGAUUCAACUCCAAAAUCGGACCUUCACAUCGAUGCAGGCAACGUGAAGCAGGAGGAGAAUUUUGACUGUGAGGCAGAGCGAGGAAACUCCCAGCAGUUUGUGGAAGUGGAGGUAUGGGUGGACUUCCUCUGAGACAGUACAAAGUCGAAUGGAGACCCGGUAGAUGUGUAAGCCUGAAACGAUGUCGCUCCAAUAGAUGCACCUUUGUCACAGGCCUUUAAUGACAAUAAUGUGAAGUUAAACACUCGGUUCCUAGGUCAACCUGCAGGGUAAGAGCGGCCAGUCUUUGUGGACCUGUGUGUGGGGUAGAUCUCUAACUAGGAGUUAGAGCCAAUAAGCUCCCAAGCAUUCACUAUGUUAGCAUAAUUGCAUUUAUAUGGUGCUUGCUUAAUCGCCUCUGGCAACUCUGAGUUUUGCAUCGUAUCUCGUCUCAAACACUCGAAGAGCAUCCCAAGUGGCAGCUGCCCCUGUGUGGCACAAGGUGGUGGCCCUGCACCGGCCUGCAUGUGGACAAGAGCCUGUCAAUAUGGGCGAUGGUUGAUGUGGCAUCUCAGUUGUGGAGUUUGUAGGUAAUGUUUAGAAUUUGCUCAAUUUUGAUCCAGACGCCAGCAUGCAAUGGCCGACUCGUUUUGAAUGGUGUAUUAGUAUGUUGUACAUACACUGUUAAGCAGACGGUGCGUAUUUUUUUAAAUUAGCUUCUUAAUGCGAUGUAACCUAAUGCAGUAUAUUUCAGUGCAGUCUUUAAAUUUUGUUAAUAUGCCUGUCACUAAUUUUUAAUGAAUACUUGUCUGAUUGUGUGUGUACAUGUACCAUUUUGUCUAUAAGGGUCAAACAUUGAAUAAGUCAUGUUAGGACACUGUGUGUUUUGGAAGUAACCUGUACAGAUAACUCAGGUGAGACUCAUUGUUCUUGUGAUAUAGGUCAAAGGGUACUUUUGUGUUUUCAGGAAGCAUUCUCCCUCUGGAGCAACUCAUUGUCUUUGAAAUAGGGAGCACACUCGGAUCAUGUAUCAGUUACAAGGCAUACCACUUAAAAGUUACACGUAGAGGAGAUACAUUCUCUACAACUUGAAUUAUAAUUUGGUAUUACGUAUUGACACAAAUUUUGUCUAACUAGGGCUAGAAAUGCUCCUUACUGAUUUACGUCUGGAUGUUUGAAGCUAUCGGUUGAAGCAAGCCCGGCUGCUCUUGAGACACUGUGCACCAAUAAGGGUCCACAGGUGGCUUGCACUGAAUCAUUGACGCACUCCCAGAAGUCUGUGCUUGUUAUAGUUUAUGUAAAACAUUCCUUUGUUUUGUGGAGAGAUCGAUAAAUGAAAGAUGUCGUGUCUGCUGAUCUGCUUCAUAGCAAGGAGGUAAUUUUAAGAGCACAUUUGGAAUGCAUUUUUGGUACUGUUGUAUACUAACCCUUCUUCCAAAAUUGAGAUUAAUAAUAUUUGAUGAUAUUUUUAUAUAUUAUCUUUUUACUUGUUUUUUUUUAAUGAAUGAAACACACCAAAAGCGCAGCAAACUGCAAAACACCAGGUGUUGUUAAGUAAUGAACUGGAGGAGGGCUAGGAUGGCAGAAUUUGCAACCUUGCUUCAAGGAAAGAUAAGGCCUGAUGAACGGGCACAUGUCACCCGUGCAGGCGGCAGAGACAGUGGGAGUGUCAGCCAGACAUAGUUAAGGCAAAAAGCCCAACCAUCCUGCAUGGUUUUAAAGUAACGUCAAAAUUCGAAAUUCAACAACAGAGUAGGCUAAAGUAUCGAUCCUCGCGCUCGCUCAAAUUGGAGACCAGGCUGCGAGCUACAUCAAUGAACCAUUGCCCAUUUGCUAAUCCAAUACUGAAUGUUAAUAUUACUGAAGUCAAAACGAAUUCUAUGACCUCAGCACAUGGGCAAAUAAUAGGGCAGUGUCGACUCAAAGGCAAUGGAAGAAAGCAGAGGCGCCUUUGUCUAAAUCACAACCACAGAAAGCCAGGAAUCAUCACUGAUUGUGUGUUUAGGGAUUCCGAGCUAGUUGGAACACGUGCACAGGGGAGGGAGCUGAUUUAAACAACCCUGCACGUCUGAACGUGAGGGGGCCUUUGACCUGAAAUUAAGAAUAACACUCCCAGAGCAGAAGGUUGGAUGGCCACAGUGGGACGAGAAUAAGAGUGGUGUAUAUCUCUCAAGGAGGCAGACCCAGCUGAACAACAAGGCUGCGGGGGUCACCAGAAGUUCGCGUUCGCCUAGUUAAGACAAAAAGCUCAAUUAUUCUGUAUUGCUAUUAAAGUAACGUUAAAGUCGGAAUUUAACAACAGGGUAGGCUAAAGUUAUUGAUAUUCACACCCACUCCAAUUAAACCAGGCCACAAGUUACGCCUACUGAACCAUCACCACCAUUAAGUCAAUAUGAAAUGUUAUUUCCAUACUUUAAUACUUUCUAUACAACUCGACCCGAAGCAUAUGACAAUCAGAACCUUCCUAAGUUAAAAUUGAAUCGCACCCAGACAGGAGCGAAUAGUCGAUAUAAGGUUGAAGAGGGAAGGAAAUUAAGAGCACGGCGAACUGCAAACGUAAGCAAAAAGCCGGGAACGACCAGCCCAGCAACAGCGAGUCGGGCUUCGACAGACCAUAAAAGUAGAAUAAUAACUCCCGGGGUCAGGGGACACAAGAAGAAGCAGGCAGACAAAAACCAGAACUGACUCCAAGGUUCAACCGCCCUCACCUACAAGGAGUGACGGAAAUUAAUGAGGCCUUGAGUUAACGGCGUCAGCUGGACAGCAACAACCACGGCGAGCAGAGAUAGGGUGGGGCAAAGACUGCGGGGCUAUGGAAUGCAACUUCGUGUCAGUAAAGCCCUGACAAACAAGUUAAGUUAAAGACAUCACAAUACAUAAUAUCGUACAUAACAUCAAUGUUAACGCUAUUCACCGUAAACUAUAUUCCGCUUAUAUAACCAUGCAGACACCAAGGAAUACGAAUUCCUAGGAUCAAGAAACUUACCCCUUAACCUAAGAUAUCGGAAAUAAAUUAAUAGUAAUAAGCAUAUGCAUGAAAAGACAAAAGUAAAACUUAUGGAAAAGCCAGGAUAACGGGAUGAAUCACCACCAGGUCGAAUAUAAAUACAUAAUAAAAAAAACGAUGUUAAACCCAGGGUCGGAGAGAAAGGGAGAUCCCGGCCGUCUUUGUAUCCCCGCAGCGCGGGAUAGGAGUGUGUAUACGCUCGGGGAAACACCUCCACUUGAGUCAAGCACCACGAUGGGAAACGACAGACCUUAGGUUACAUACAGAAUCAUAACUGUGAAAUAGUAAGGGACAAAUGUUAACUUAAAACUUCUUAACCAUUUCUUUGUGCGCCGGGUCGGAGAGAGUGUUGCCCCUCCCUCCAGGUUGUGCAACACGAACAAAGACGCCUAUGAGACGAUUUGUAACGUCUGUGUUUUGGGUUCAUGAAGAAGGCCAGACAAGAGAUAAUAUUGCACCCAGACAGAGAGACGACUUCGAGGCAAUUUGUAACAUCUGAUUGUUUGCUCGUGGGUUUUAUGGAGGGAGGGUGACAACGGAAUAUACCGUGAGUGAUGCACACAAGGACAUACGGACGUACGGACACACACAUGGACACACCUGCCUACGGACAGAUCCUGACACAGCAAAAAUCGAAAGAAGCCCCGCCUUGUGGGCGGGAUCCAGGGGGAUUUUUCGGCAUAAAGGAAAGGAUCCUGAGCAUUGGAAACCAGUGCGACCAGCGGGUCGGCUCACGUGGGGAGUGCGACCAGCGGGUCGACUCAGGAGUGCGACCAGCGGGUCGACUCAGGAGCGAGCCCGACCGGGAGGGUCGGCUCAGGAGCGAGUGCGACCAGCGGGUCGGCUCGACUCAUCUUCAGCUCGUCUGGGACUUUGCCGAGUUCGAUCGGCUUACCAAAGCCGGCUCUCGGGGCGACUCAAGCGGCUCCCCAUCUCCUCUGCAGGCGGGCAAGACCCGCUUGACAGCUCAACUCGGCCUGCGUGGGUCAACCUCUGCCGAGUCGGAGGUCUCUGCUGCCGCCGGAGUGGUGAGGGUCGCGGUUUGGCGACGAGGCUCCGUGCACACCCUGGUCGACGACCCAACACUGCACGCUGCGAGCGAGUUGUGGGCGCCACCUACCGACCGAGUUCCGAACUGCGACAGCGUAUCAACGGGCAUCCGAACCAGUUCAUCACGGUGACAGGGGAGCGACUGAUACGUAUGACGCGCACCGCCCCCUCACCACACGACCACCAGGCGUCUGUUUGACAUAAAGAAUCGACUCCGAACACCGACUAUUCAAGACAACUCUUACCACUCAAACACACUCGAACCCAUAAGCCAUCCGUGGCUGGGAAGGCAUCACAACGAGACCGAGUGAUGGCCAUCCGUCGUUUAUAAAAGUAUUCGUAAUUUUUAUCUUUAAUAUUUAGUGGGCUGUACUCUUAAUCGCAUAAAUUCCCAACAGAUCCAUCAAUACGAACUGAUUCUUGGCACCUCCUUCCGCCGAGCCACGCUCACAUGGGGAGUGGUGGCCCACCGGAUCCUUAUCAGGUGAUCUGGUCCCCAAUUAGUAAACUUGGUAUAAGAUAACGAUCUUCGGAAAAGGAGCACCGUUGCAGGCCCUUACUCCGAGCCGUUCUGUUGUCAGAUAACCUGCCGAUGUAUCUGUUGAGAUUGAUGCCUUUAAGAAUAAUAACUGUUUUUGAUUGUGUUUUUUUUAUCGCCGUAUAAUCUUUCAAGUAUCUUUCAGUCAUAAUCGCCGCACGUACUCGCAUCCUCUACAGAAUAUUCAACUGUCCCGUGACCCAAGGUGCUAACAACGUGAUAAGGGUUGCGUAUGAUCAAUAAGGAGUGCGGUACUGCGUGAACAAUAUUGAGUAUAAUCAUUCAUUAACGUUAAGGUUUUCUUAGCAUAGUAUUUGCAUAUUUUAACGACUCUCUCUCUCACUAACAACCAUCGCGUUAUGCGGGAUCCAUGUGCCGUUGUCAAAGUGAAAUCAGACAAUCGUUGAUGAUACUGUAUUGAUGCCGUGUUGACGUUCCGGGAUUGAGAGUUCGCAUACGAUAUCAUAGUUAAGGUUGAAUUAGUAAUAAAUUGAUCAAUACAGAAGUGGUUGUGUGAUUCUUUCCUGAAAUCUAUGCAUAAGAUCUGCUUCUGCGUUGAGAUCUGAACUUGGUGACCUUAAUAAACACACUAACACAUACUCAGUAAAUGUUAAAGCGAUAACGGGGUGAAUCGGGGACCUAAAAUAUAACCACAAAUACACACUCUGGGAAUGUUAAAGCGAGAAUGAGACGAACCUAGACAACGAUGCCGAGUUAAUCUAAGUCAAUCUUGCAUACUUACACCACACCUGCAUAACUGCAUACGAUUAAUUGCCUUAUUCCGAUCGAUAACCCACCCUCAUCACCGAGGCGGGGUCUGGUUAUCAUAACGACUUGCAUUAUCAUAAUUAUACCCACUCGCAUAAUUAAUACGAUUACCUCUCGAAUUGGCAUAAUUAAAAUGUGCAUAAUUACAUAAAUUAACAUUUCCGGAUAAUUACACAUUUGGCCAAAUUUCAUUUAAUUAUUAUUAUUUUCACUGAAUAUUCAUAACCCACAUAUACAACAUAAUAAUUUCACCCACGCACGCAUACAACAUAACAAAUUUUGAUAACCAACAUAUACAACAGUACAGAUUUGUAUUUGGUUACAAGGCUGAGCACAUCUAGUAGAUACAUUCUGCACAACAACACUCAUUAGAAUUUUGCAUGACGUCGUAUAUGUUGGCGAACUAGGACAAGAAAUGGUCCUUGCCAAUUAACGUCUGGAUUUUGACAACCAUGGGUUGAAGCAAGCCUGACCGCCUGCGGUGCCCCUCACAACCAUUUACUGCCUUGGGCCAGGAAAGUCACGAAGAAAAUUGCACACGAAAGACGCAUCCACGCAAGCACCCAAUGCUCCGUUUUGAAGUUUUAAAUUGAAACAACUUUGAAUUGUAUUAUGUUUUAAAUUGUGUUUCUUCAAUAAAAGCUUAUAUCAUUUUACAUCUGAAAGAC